GCUAAUUUGACAAGACAACACGGUUGAGCUAUUCUCUGCAAGACUUGUUAUUCUAAUAAAACGUGCUAUGAUCUUUUUUAUUGCCCAAUAAGUUUACCAGUAUAUCUAGUGAUGGACAGAAAUGGACUUUGAACGAAUUAGUAUUUCUCUUGAGCUCUUGAGAGUGUGUCCUUCUCUCCUUAAUAAAAUCUUAUAGAACAUUCCAAGCCCUUAUAUUGUAUCACGGUUCAGUGAUCAAAGAACCCCUGCAGACAUCGUCGUCGUUUGCUUCCUUCACACUUUCUACUGAAGAUCGAGCAGCGAGCACCAAAGCUAAAAGAUUGUCACCACAUGAUACUGCAGUAAUCUAGUGCGUUGUGAUCAAUUUUCCAAAGAUCAACUUGAAAAGAUUGGAAGGAGGCUCAUCUACGAAAUCUAAUUGCCAAACAGACCCCCCCAAAAAAUAUCGUUUGAUGCACAGUUGACAAAAGUAAACUCAACAAGAAUAUUCAAGAUGUAGAGAGGAAUUAAAGGCUUAUUAUAAUAAAGACACGGCGCCAAUCCAAUCAAAAUCGCUGUUGCCACGAAAAACAAGACAUUGAUCACAACUUGUAUAGCUUUGAAUGUGAAUAAUAUUCAAAGAUGAAGUUGGGUAACGGUUUCAUGCAAUGCCUAUGAAAAUGGUCAUGCCGACAAGACGAGCCUUCGGCAUUCGAAUUAAAUAAACUGUCCUUUCACACAAAGAAAUAGAGGUACAGACCUCACCAUGGUCUGUUAUGAGGAAUGUAUGUACAACCGACAAAACCUUAACACUUCAUAUCAAACUAACUGAUAUUUCAGAAAUAAAACUAUAGCGUUGCACCAUGGCGGGUGUAGAUUCUGCUGGAAUAUCAUUGAUAAAAGCUGCAAGAGAUGGAGACUUAGAACAAGUCCAUCGACUUAUAGAAGGUGGGGCUUGCGUCAACGCAGUAAAUGAAAACGAUCAAACAGCAUUAAUGAUACUCGCGCAACACUGUCGCUAUUCUAUACCCGAAAUGGCGAUUGCUUUAAUCAACGGUGGAUCUGAUAUCAACAUGAAAGAUAAAGAAGGCAAAACAGCACUGAUGCAUGCUAUAGCUCAGAAAAGUGAAGACAUUGCACUUGCAAUAAUUAAGCACAGCAAAGAUCUAGAUUCAAAUGCUGUCGAUAAUCAAGGCGAAACUGCAUUGAUGUAUGCCAUAGAUUACGAAAAUGAAAACACCGCACUUGCAAUAAUGGAGAACUGCAAAGAUCUAGUUAUAAAUACUGUCGACAAUCAAGGCCAAACAGCAUUGAUGAAAGCUGUUUUCACGGAAAUGAAGACAAUUGCCGAUGCACUAAUCACACGUUGUGCUGACGUCAACAUAAAAGAUAAAGAAGGCCAAACAGCAUUGAUGAAAGCUGCUUUCAGUCGAGGAAUGACGACAUUUGCUCUGGCACUAAUCAAACGUGGUGCUGAUGUCAACGUCAAGGAUAAAGAAGGAGAAACAGCAUUGAUGUAUUCUAUAGCUUACAAAAAUGACAGCACCGCAUUUGCAAUAAUAGAGAACAGCAAAGAUCUAGAUAUAAAUACUGUCGACAAUCAAGGCCAAACAGCAUUGAUGAAAGCUGCUUUCAGAGGAAUGACGACAAUUGCCGAUGCACUUAUCAAAUGUGGUGCUGAUGUCAACAUCAAGGACAAAAAAGGCCAAACAGCAUUGAUGUAUGCCAUAGAUUACGAUAAUGAAAACACCGCACAUGCCAUAAUGGAGAACAGCAAAGAUCUAGAUAUAAAUACUGUCGAUAAUCAAGGUCAAACAUCAUUGAUGAAAGCUGCAGUCAAAGGAAUGACGAUAAUUGCCGAUGCACUAAUCACACGUGGUGCUGACGUCGACAUAAAGGAUGAAGAAUGCAAAACAGCUUUGAUGCAUGCUAUUACUCAUAGAGACGAAGACACUGCUUUUGAAAUACUUAAACACAGCAAAGAUCUAGAUUCAAAUUCUGUCGAUAAUCAAGGUCAAACAGCAUUAAUGAAAGCUGCUAUACAUGGAAAGACGAGAGUUAUACAGGCACUGAUCAGAUAUGGUGCAAAUGUCAACCACAAGGACAAAGAAGGUAAAACGGCAUUAAUGCACGCAGUACAUUAUAAAAGAGAUUCCAUAACUGCUGAACUAAUCAAUCAUGAAACUAGUAACGAAUUCAGUCUAAAUACCGUCGACAACGAAGGCGAAACUGCAUUAAUGAAAGCUGCUUUCAGAGGAAUGACGACAAUUGCCGAUGCACUAACUACACGUGGUGCUGACGUCAACAUAAAGGAUAAAGAAGGCCAAACAGCAUUGAUGUAUGCUAUAGCUAACGCAAAUAAAAACACCGCACUUGCAAUAAUAGAGAACUGCAAAGAUCUAGAUAUAAAUACUGUCGACAAUCAAGGCCAAACAGCAUUGAUGAAAGCUGCUGUCAAAGGAAUGACGACAAUUGCCGAUGCACUAAUCACACGUGGUGCUGACGUCAACAUAAAAGAUAAAGAAGGCAAAACACCAUUGAUGAAUGCCAUAGCUUACCCAAAUGAAAACACCGCACUUGCAAUAAUAAUGGAGAACAGCAAAGAUCUAAAUUUAGAUACUGUCGACAAUCAAGGCCAAACAGCAUUGAUGAAAGCUGCAGUCAAAGGAAUGGCGACAAUUGCCGAUGCACUAAUCACACGUGGUGCUGACGUUAACAUAAAGGAUAAAGAAGGCCAAACAGCAUUGAUGUAUGCUAUAGCUAACGCAAAUAAAAACACCGCACUUGCAAUAAUAGAGAACAGCAAAGAUCUAGAUAUAAAUACUGUCGACAAUCAAGGCCAAACAGCAUUAAUGAAAGCUGCUUUCAGAGAAAGCAAGACGAAUAAAAAAGGAAGAGCAGCCUUUAUGUAUACUCGCUUAACAUACUUCAAUAAGCCUUACGAUGCCGGAAUAUUGACUCAUAAACUGAUUAGUGCUGGUGCUGACGUAAACAAGACCGAUAACAAUGGUAAUACAGCUUUGAUGUACAAUGUGAGGAAUAAAGCGUCCGUUAAAGAAUUAAUAGAACGAGGCAAAGCUUCCGUUGAAGUAAGGAAUGAUCAAGGCCGAACAGUGUUGUUUUAUGCGCUGGUCCAAUCCAUCUCAUCUGCUCGAUAUCUCGUAGAAAAUGGUGCAAAUCUUCACUUGACCGACAACUAUAAUGUCAGUGUGUUAUCGUAUUUCAUUCAUCACUGGAUGGGAGGACCCUAUGUAGAAAGAAUGGAUAAACAGUUUUCGUUUUUGAAAGAUAAUGGCAUCAAGAAAGAAACAAUAGUGAAUACAAUUGUCAACGCAGUAUUCUGUAAAUUUCCACUUUUAAAAAGUCCUGUAAACACCAUCUCAAUAACGUCCAUCAUAUCAUGUCUUACUUAUGCUAUCAAACUAUCAAAGGAAACACUAAGCUUCAGGAAAGAUAAUAAAUGCAGAUUAUUGCAAGACCUGGUGGUUUCGAUUAAAAGAGACGAAUAUUCUGUGUCAGUACCUGAUUUAUCAAUAAGGCUCGAUAAACUUCUGGAACUUGGUGCGGAUCCAAAUACUUGUGAUGAGCACGGCAACACCAUUGCACACCACAUCACUUUACUAGGGAUGCAUGAUAACACUGUUGAAGCUAAAAGUUUUUUUGAUGUUCUUUUUUCUUUGGAGAAAAAGGGACUGAAAAUCAACAAGAAAAACGGCGAGAAGGAAAUACCCCUUUUCCUUAUGCUAACAAAAGCUGUUAACCAUGAUGAGGGAAGGCUUAAUAAAGAAUUGAUUUUAGAUAUGUGCAUUUUUUUUCUUGAAAGAGACAGAGCGAUAUUAACGGAAACAUCUCAAACCGGCGAUUCAGUAUUUCAUCUCUUAAUCAAGCUUUCAAUUGUCGGAGAUAGUAACGAGGAAUCUUUAGAGCGAUGCAUAAUGGAAAUAUUACGAUUGUUUUCUCAACAACAACGCGAACUCAGCCGUAUUGUUAACAGUACUAACGAUGAAAUGAAUACUCCUCUUCAUGUUUGGGCGGCCGGAUCAAAAGCAGGGAAACAGAAUCUUGAUACUUCUGAGAUAUUGAGGUGGCAGGGACCUUCAGAAAAGAUACUUGACCUGCUUUUGAGUUGUGGUGCUGUGCAUCAUGCAACAAAUCUGAAGAAGGAAACUCCUCUUCAUAUGUGCAGAACCUGGACUGCCGUUAAGCUAUUGUUUAAAGCAGGAGCAAAGACUAAUGAUGAAGACGCAUUAGGACGAUCGCCUUUACUUUCAGCAGCAAAGAAUUGUCUAUUUCUUGAGAAUCCCGGCUGUUUUUAUCCGGACGUUUCACCAGAUGAAGCACCGACGUUUUGGGAAACAGUUCUGGACAUGGGUUUUGAUUUGUGGACUUGCGACAGGAAUGGAGAUUCUAUCAUUAGUAUUCUUAUAAAGGAAAACUCUUUUGAGCUAGCUGAUGGUUUGAUUAAAAUUACAUGUGAGAAAUGCCAAAGUCUAUUGGAUGAAACUUUGGUAGGAGUACUGAAUGCAAUCUGCAAAGAUGCCUCCACUCAAACAACCUGGAAAAGUAUUCUAGUUGACAAAUUGCUCAAAUCCACAAGACGUUCAUUAGAUGUGAGCUCAGCACUUCGAAGCUGCUGCAUGAAUAUCAUUGAUUACUAUGCUACACUAAAGCACGCAGAAACAACGGAAUUUGACUCUGUUCAUUAUGAAAUUGUUAAACAACUUCUACGCUACGGUGCACCCGGUGAAUCUUGCCUGGAUGUUGCUGAAGGAUGUCCACCUCUAAAGGCUCUACUUUCUACGCCUGUCUCUAUGGAAGAAAGACCUUUAGUCAUACCCUGGACAUCUGUCUCUCAGAAACACAAGAACCAGUUAGCUGAAGUUGCAAGAAGGCUCAACUGUAAUAUGGAGGGACCAUAUUGGUACCACAGGACGGAAAUCGGACAUGGAUCAUUUGGACAAGUGUUUGUAGGCAUUCAUGAAAAAGACAGAAUGGAAGUAGCUGUUAAGAAAGUCCGGCAUUCACAACAGCAUACAAAAAAAGAUAUUCGAGAGAUUAGAACCUUAGCUUCUCUUUCUAAAUGCGAGCAUAUUGUUCGUUAUUUAACUUUUUUUCAAAUCGCUGACUAUUCGUUUAUAAUCAUGGAAUUGAUGGAAGGAAAUCUGAUCGAAUAUUUUGCCAGUGCUUUUAACAACCGAUCGAGGGAAACCAAAGAGCUCUGCCGAGAUGUGGUACAAGGUUUAAAGUACCUUCAUGAUGAAAAUGUCAUUCAUCGCGAUCUCAAACCAAACAACAUUCUUUACAACUACCCCAAACUUUGUCUAAAAAUUGCUGACUUUGGUUUGAGCUGUCGUAUAGACGUCAAUGCUUCCUUUACUGUUAUGGCCCCCGGAGUCGGGACUCGUGGGUGGAUUGCGCCGGAGGUUACAAAAUCUACCACUCAUGAUCAUUCCACGUUAUCGGAUGUCUUUUCUUGUGGUCUUGUUUUUCAUUAUAUCUUGUCAAAAGAUCACAGACAUCCAUUCAGUCCAGCGGACUGCACUGACAAAAGUGAGCUGGAAAUCAUAACUAAAACAGAAAAUAACAUCUUGAAUAAUAACAUGGAAGGAUGGGACAGCGAUCUUGAUCCGGAAUCAUCCCAUGUUAUUACAGGAAUGCUUAAUUGUACCAACGAGAAAGAAAGACCGACCGCAUCAAUGUUGUUACACCAUCCAAUGUUCUGGUCAAAGAAGAAGAAGCUUGAUUUCCUCAGCGCUGUUGGUAACCAAGACGAAUUCGAAUGUCCACGUAAUAAAAGGCCUGCUCCACCAUUACGGUCCGAUGUCGAGAAGGAUCUAGAGAAAGAGUUUGCAACGAUAGUGGAGUUUGGCAAGUGGGAUGAUCCACGGUACACGCAGACAUCGGCGAUUUUCAUUGAGACGCAAAAGCCAAUAGUCAAACAUGAUAAAAAAGGAAAGCCUUACAACGUUACAACUAGAAAAUACGACAUCGGUUCUGCAGUAGAGCUGGUUCGAUUCAUUCGCAAUGCCAUCGCUCAUGUAGCAAGUCGAACACCCGCAMUCCAGGCACAAAUUCUCGAUGCUGUAUUUCUGGAAGAAUUUCCAAAUCUCGUGAUAGAGGUGUUCAAAGCUGUGACUGCACACGGAUGGGACAAAUCGAGAGAGGAAAUCAAACAUGUCUUGGCAAAUGACUGACAGGAACACUCUUCACAUACAAUGAGUACAGAACAUGUCUGAAACUUUGCUGGUGAAAAGACUACCACAGCGUUUCUUGCUUCUUUGGUGAUGAUGGAUUUUGUCCUCGCUACGGACCAAUUAUGGAACCCAGUUAUGCACAGCAGACUGUAUAGUUAUUGAUUUUAUUACAGACUGAUUGACAUUACAUUUUAUAUAUCGUGAUUUAUAGGUAAUGACAUUUAUUGUAGUUUUGUAGUUUUACAUGGCAGUCAAUCCCGUUAAAGUAGUUCAGAGAUGUAAAGACAUCAAGUUCAUAGCAAAGUCAUUUGAUAUUCUAUGUUAAUUUUUAAUGUUUUGCAAGAAUAUUCAAUAUUAACCAACAACAUAUCACUACAAUGCAUAUAACAUGUGAUAUUCUAGGUAUCUGGAGUAUUAAAUUGAAUUAAUUAUUUCCCAYGAAUUUCAAAAACAGGACUUUGUUGUCUUGAUGUCUUUUCAACUGGUCAGCGUACAUGACAUGGGAUCAGUGACUGUAGUUUUAUAGGAAGAGAUAGUAAUACCUUGAUGUACAGGUGGAACUAAAUAUUACUCAAAAAUGUACAUAAGACGCACUUUUUACAUUGGAUUUUAUUGUAGUUUAUCCAUAUUGGAACUUACUUCUCUUUUGUCUUAGGAAAUACAUGACAAUCACACAUUCAUUAGAAGCAACAUUGAAAGGGGGAAAGGGGGGGCACCUAUGAGGCUUAAAAUCUAUCAUAUAUCCAUAUUGGAACUUACUACUCUUAUGAUAAGUCGUCGGAGUACAUUGACAAGGCGCGUAAAGUGCUUUCUUAGAAUUGCGUUUGUUUUUCAACAUUGUUGGAACAUAGUUGAUUUAGAGGAUCUAUAGUUUUAUUCUUUGACAUAAAUAGAUUUGAAAGGUCACAUCAAUGAAGGUGAUCAAAUGAUUACAGCUUGUUGGCAUUGUACAGUUCCAUUCAAGCUAUUUCAAUAGUAAACAUUAUACAUUCAAACCUAAUUCUAAAUUGGUUGGUGAACCCCAACCCGUAAAAGACCAUUUCGUGUGUCACUAUUAUUGCAAUUUUUGCAUCAAAAUUUGACUAUUUAAGUGUGAUAGUCAAUUAAAUAGAAACAAAAGGAAGCAAAGGAGUUUAGACUAAGUUUAUUAGUGUAAUAUCUAUUUCACGGAUUUUUUGACUCUAAGUAUUGCCURAGCACACACACUGUAAGUACGCGUAAUGUAUAGAUUGAAGGCCAAAAACCCGUGAAAUAGAUAUUACACUAAUACUCCUUAGUACACUYKAAUUGCAUUGUUUUCGUUUGACUCCACGCUUUGUCCACCACGCUUUAAUAGUUAGAUUUUGUUUCACAGGCUUAUUUACCUCUAUUAUUCACAAUAAAAAGUAACCACAAAUAUGG